UCAAAGACAAGGCAUCUCGCAAUGAAUUCAUUCCGCCUUUGCAAAUAGCCCCUGUUUUUUUUUUCUUUCUUUCUUUUCUUCUCUCUACUCCAAUCGUUUCAACAGAAACUCAACAAGGGGAAAGAAGAAGAAGGGCUUUUUCAAUUUCCUUCUGCUGAAAGAAAAAAGCCCGGGAAUGGCGCCAAGACGACGUCAACACAAAAAGAACAACAUGGCUGGUAACUCGCGCAUGGAUGCAGCCCUGGACGCAAUGCGUCCAUUUGGUUUUGAUGAACGACUAGUUCAAGAAACGGUUGGGGAGCUCCUAGAGGUUUAUGAAGGAACUCAAGGAUGGAUCUUUAUUGAAGAGGCCUCUUACAAGCUCCUAAUCGAAACCUUACUGGGCAAACAAAGUUCUGGAGAUGAGAAGAUAAAGGAGGAUCCUUUCCAGGAUAAUGCUAGAAAUGAUGGUGAUGGGAUUAGUGAAGCUAGCUCCUCUUACCGGGUGGCUCAAGACUCUUCAUUGCAGAUAACUGGGAUUCCUGAAGUUGGUUCCUCUAGCUUGGUGGCUCAAGACUCUGAAAUGCAUACUAGUGAUGGUUUGGACCCUGCCCCUCAAACCAUUGAUCAAGCUUCCCUUGGCAAUCUAGAAACUGAUGUUAAGGAUUCGGCUGUGUCAGCUGAUAGAGGAGGACGAGGACAAGGCAGUAGGGUGGAGUCUAAAAAUGAGCUCAAACCUGCCGAUAAUGUUGAAGGAAGCAAUUAUAGCACGUUUGUCGGGACUCAUAUGAUUGAUACCUCAGAAGCACCUGAGAAUCUUCCAUGCCGUAGGCGUAAACCUUGCUAUGGAUGGAUUGGUGGUAGUGAUGAUGAAGUGGAACUUAUCCGCUUUCCACUUCCACCAUUACCUGAACAUAUAGAGAGGCUGAUUAGGCAGAGUGAAACUCCCCAAAGUGGCAGGAGACGAAGGCGCUUGAGUAGAUGGGAUGAAAAGCCACAUGAUAUGUGAAUGAAUCUGUUGGCUCUUGUAUGUGUAAGCCAGGGUGAUUAGGAGCAACUUAUUGUUCAUGAAACAACAUAGUUUAACAUGGUAUCCGAAAUGAAUGUGUAAACAAGAUA